ACCAACGAGAUCUCGUACGCGUCACCGCGACAGACGCUUUCCGUUCGUCUAACCGCCGGUGAUUUGAUUCAGAAGCAGUGCUGACACUGAAUAACUUCAUGCGUGUAUUCAGCACUACUGACACAUCAUGCAUAUGAAAUGAGAACAAACUCAUUACAGAACGAGAAAGUUCUUGUAAACUGACGUGGACAUUAAAAGACAGAAACAAAGACUUGGACAGAGAGAGACACGUCGGAGGAACGAUUGUGACCCAUAAAAUGUGACGUUUCCUGUGAGUGACCAUCUGAAAACACGUGGAGCUUCUAGAAUAUCAGGACCAAACAGAAGCGACUAAAUCUGCAGAGCUCCCCAUGAGGUGCGAUGAGAAAAAGCUGAGAACAUCAGGAGAACUCAUCAGUCUCAGGUCAUGAUGGAGAAGAACGAGCCGCCCGUCUCACCCUCCUCACCGUCUCCAUCUGUCCUCCAGCACGUCAGUCCUGCUCGCGUGAGUUCCCCCGACAAUAAUGCGUCUCGGGACGCAGACAGCCGUACGGACGCGACGCCCGGCGCAGCCAAACCAGAGGUCACCGGAGCAGAGAUGGAUCCGGCGACGACACCUCGACAGAGCCCCCCGGUCACGUCCACGGACUCAGGCGGCGAGCGCGUGUCCUCGCCCCCCUCGACGUCCCUCCCGCCCAACAUCCCCGUCAUCAGCCUGGCUCACAGCAAACCUCCCCUGCCUCCCCUCUCCAUGUUGGCGGCCCCGCUGACCGCCCUGCACCCCGCGCCGCACCUCCCGCACGGCCCCGCGGAGCUGCGACUGGCGCAACUUUCCUCGCUGUCUGGCGCCGGACCCGCCGCGGCCCUCCUGCCUCCGCCCUUCCUGCAGACGCACCCCUUCAUCGGCAGCUCGUUCCUCGGACCAUCUGGAAGCUUCGGCAUCUUCGGUAACGCUCGUAUGAAGAGACGCCCGUCCGCGCACUUCGAACUGGACCUAAAUGAAGGUCCUCCUCAGAAGUUGGCUCGGCGCGUCUUCACUAACAGCCGCGAACGCUGGCGGCAGCAGAACGUAAACGGCGCUUUCUCUGAGCUCCGCAAACUCAUCCCGACCCACCCGCCCGACAAGAAGCUCAGCAAGAACGAGAUCCUGCGCCUUGCCAUGAAGUACAUCAACUUCCUCGUCCAGCUGCUGAACGACCAGACGAGCGAUCAGGCGUGUAAAGGCGCGUCGGAGGAACGAGAAGAGGACAGGAAGACGGAUGGCAGCGAAGCUCUGGGAAACGGAAGCUCCGCGUCCCGUAAAAACAGAGACUCCACGGACUCCGUGGCGGUGCUGACGGCGUCGUCGGGCUCCAGCUGUUACGGCGACACGGACAGCGAGGAGAGCACGGGGCCGCGGACCUGCGGCGUCGAGACGAAACACGCCGGCAGCGGGAUCACAGAGAAGGUUCAGGAACAGAUACUGACGGUCACAGCGAGCGGCUACCAGCGGUGACCGGCACUAACCGCCCUCAAACGGACACGCUGGAGACGCGGGACGGAUUUUCAGCCCUCGAGGCAUAUGAAGACCUCGUGUGAUUUUAGUACAUUUUUGGAUCAGGUUAAAUCUCUGGCUUGUGUUCCUGAUCCACGUUGCGUGUGUUGAGUUAGCCGUGUCACGUGAUCCUUCGUGUCCGCCACUUCUCCAUUCAAUUUCCUCUCGCUGAUAUUUCAAGGAGCUGUACGUGCGGCUCGGGCAGGGAAUAAAUAGAGCGUGUGGGUUCCUCGUGUGAUCGUAAGUACCUCAAACUUCACAUCUGCGACUGUCUGAAGCAUUCUGACUGGAUUAUUGAGUGAUGUGUUGGUCUUUUGAGAGAGAGCGGUCUCAGAUUUUUUCCUGCUAAAUGGAGGCAAAUGGACAACGGCUCAGGACGUGCUGCUUCAGUGUCCUCUGUCUUCUGAAGACCUGCAGCGUCUUCAGGAGAAUCAGGACGAGAUGAUGUUCUGAGGGCAGCUCGCGUCAAGCUCUGAUCACAGUCUGUUCAAGAUGAUCUUCCUUAGCUCCGUCUGAACUAGCAAAUGUUUGGAUGAUGUGAAGGUGGAUGCAAAGGUGUUUGGAAGCUGUAAUUAUGUGGCUUGCAUUAAAGUGAUUUUGGUUUAAAUAAAUUAAACAUGAUAGUUUUCA